UACCAUAGGUAAGUUUGUCCACUUUUUUUAUCGCUAAAACAAUCUCGGCUUUUCCCACAACGAACUUCGCUAACCAUCCCGAUCGCCCGUCAUUCUAGAAACGAAGUUUGCUUUCGAUAUAACUACAUCAGGGUCGCCGAUCUGCCGUGCAAGUACUUCGCCUCGUCCUCACAAUCUCCGCCCCCGCUCACUCAGCUCGGCUACCUCCACUUGGACGAGCUCGCGAGAGAGCGGAGAAGCCGCCGUCGACAUCUCACCAACAACCCCAACCCCUACGAGGAUCCAUACCUUAUCGCGCUCCUCAUCGCGCUUGCGCAGGAGUAAGUGCGUAGGCAGCGACUCAGCAAUCCGGACAGAUGCAGCAUCAACGACGAGAAUGCUAGGCAUAAGUUGUUCGACGGCUCGACCAAUGUUCCCUCGCAAAUGCUCCUAGUUACUAGUCUAGACGAUACUACAUGGUUACACAUCUAUACUAGCAACAUCUCGGCCGAAUUUCUCGACAAGUUUGACCACACCUCCCGCCGUCUGCCCGCCCAAUUUCGGCUCGAAAUGGUCAUCUCUCACCGGCGGCUCGCAUUUGAACCAUAUGAAACACUGUCGCAGCGCCUCACAGCCGUUGUACAGCAGACGAUCGGCAAGUACGGUUAUGUCAGCGGCUGAGGAGUGGUGACAAUGCUAAAGAACGUUUGAU